AUGGUGAAUGCUGCACAUGUUCCAUCAUCUAAUUCCACGAUGAGCGCACAGAAAAAACGUCAGGAUGAGAAGAACUUGAAAAUUCUACGCGAACUAGCCGCCCUCCCGGCGAAUCGGUUCUGCUUCGAAUGCGGCCAGCGAGGUCCAACUUAUGUGAAUAUCACUCAUGGAUCGUUUUGCUGUACCAGUUGUUCAGGAAUUUUGAGAGGGCUGAAUCCACCACAUCGUGUUAAAUCAAUAUGCAUGGCAUCAUUCACAGCCGAAGAGAUCGAACGACUUCGAAGCCUCGGAAAUGAAGAGAACUCACAUACUUGGUUAGGGCUAUAUUCUGGUACACCACCAAAAAUGACGAACAAAGACGAGAUCACAUCAUUUCUUAUAAAGAAGUACGAGAAGAAGGAAUGGUAUGUUUCGCGAUCAGAGCUUGAAGAGCAGGAGAGACUUUUGAAUCAAGCCAAGGAAGUUUCUAGUCAGUGUGGAACUAGCGUGAAAAGUGCUGGAAGUUCAUCGUCGAAGCCAUCGGAUUUGGAUCUAUUUGCCACCGAUCCUUUCGCGGCCUUUGGUGCUCCAAUGAAUCGUCCUGCUCCUCAGCCUUUUCAAAACACCGGGCCACCGGAUGGUCAUGCGGUUAGUCUCAAUUCUUUGUUCCGAGCCCACUCAAUACCUGCGCAGCCGUUUUCUCCUCCUGCUUUCGUCGCACCGCCACCACCGCUUCCAAGUAAACCCCCUGUGCAGAAUAGUUUCUCCACACAGGUGUCCGAUCCAUUUGCACCAGUUCCCGCUAAGAAUUCAACAACAGAUUUUGAUCCUUUCGCAGAUUUUGAUGCGAAAUUCAGCGAGCUCGCCCUAAAGAACUCGUCUACUGUUAGUGCUUUUGGAUCGCCUUUACCAGCUCAACCUCUCCCAAAGUCUGCCACAGUUGACACUUCUUUUCCUGCGCCUCAUGCUACCACUACUGUUCCGCCUGUUAAUCCAUUCCAAUCGCAAGUACCAGAAGACAUGCAAGCGUUCAACAUUACAACUCGUUCAGAACAUGUGCCUAUUACCAGUAAUACUGAUAACGGUGACAAGUACAGUGCACUCGCUGAACUAGACCAGAUGUUCCACCACAGUGGUCAUCCAAACGCUGCCGUGGGCGAGAAGCCAGCGUGGUUGCCCAGUGGAUUCUCUACUGGUCUACCUCCAGCUCAUUAUACUCCAGCAUUCCCUGAGCCUGCACAGGCGCAAAGAGUGGCACCUUCUGGUUUUGGCUCUAUUCCAAAGAGCAAUACUCUCGGAGCUAUAGCUGAAGUGGGAUCUGGGGCAGUUCCGCAGAACACGUUGUCGUUUGACAUAAUGCAACAACAAGCGUUCUCUAAUUCUUACGCCAAUAUUGCGCCGAAUCCCUUCAUUCAACAGCCAUUUGGAAGUGUGAAUCCUCAACAGGUUGCAGUAAACAGUGACGCUUCCUGUCCUCAUGUUGCUGGGACGUGGAACAAUCCGUUUGUGAUGCCUCUGGCACAGACUCGUUAUGGUGCCGAUACAGUACACGGUGCAGGCGGUGUAGCUCGUCAGAGUAACAUUCCUAAUUGGAAUCCAUUUGUAUAA